AUGACGAUUGUUUUAUUGUGUACUUUAUUGUCCCAAUUAUCAUCAUUCGUAUUGCGCUGCAUUCCAUUACAUCGCUGUUUUCUUUUUCGGUUUCCGCAUUUGCGUUUGGUGGCUCAUAUGGGCUUCAAACGCUACCCCACCACUGUACUGUCAAUCUGUUUCUUGAGUAGAUGUGCGUCUACCUCUCUGUCUUUGUGCAUUUGUGCACAUACAAGUACAGGAAAACGUUGUACGCUGUUUGUUCCAGGCGCGUUUAUAAUAUUUUCUUCCCCCGUCGUUUUGUAUCUUGCUCAGCUGCAGUUCUCCUGUGUACAUUUAUGUUGGCUUCAGAACGUUGCAGCCGUUUCUUUAAGGACGCAUGAGGGUGUCGUGUAUUUUUCAGCGAGUGAGCAGUUCGCGCUUUGGAUGCGGGAGGAGGGGAAUUAA